GCGGCCCCGCGUGUUUCAGCGAGUGGGGCCGGUCUGGGCUGUGGAUUUGGAAGCUACGUGGGACCGUGAGGUGUCUCGGCCGGCUACGGCGCGUAGUUUUUUGGGCUUACGCCGCUGACUCUGUUGUCUCCGCCCAGUCACGGGAGAGGGAAGCGCAGGGGGAGGGUCUGUGGGGAUAGAGCUGGAGCCCCUGAAGGGGAAGGGAGCAGCCGGGGUUGGGGGGCGUGGAGCGCCUGCCUGCAGGGCUGCAGCCCAGAAUUGGGGAGCAAUCGAGAGGGGAGGUUCACCAUAGGCAAGGUCCGCACCCGCCGGGAUCGGGGCUGCUCCCGAGGAAGGCCUGGGGCAGCCGCGCGAUGUUUGGGGCCCGGUGCCUGGUCCGAGCCCUGCGCCCCUGUUCCUCCGCCCCCUGCCCGAGACACAAACCUUCAGCCAGACUGAGCGUGCGGGAUGCUCUCGGGGCCCAGAACACGAAAGGGGAGCGCGUUAAGGUCCAGGGUUGGAUUCGUUCAGUCCGAUCCCAGAAGGAAGUCUUGUUCCUGCAUAUAAAUGAUGGAUCGUCUUUGGAAAGCCUUCAGGUUGUAGCAGAUUCAAGCUUUGACAGUAGAGAACUGGCUUUUGGGAGUUCUGUGGAAGUUCAAGGGCAACUGGUAAAAAGUCCAUCCAAAAAGCAAGAUGUGGAACUGAAGGCAGAAAAAAUUGAAGUUGUUGGAAAUUGCGAUGCCAAGGCUUUCCCUUUUAAAUAUAAAGAAAGGCAUCCUCUGGAGUAUCUGAGACAAUAUCCUCACCUUCGGUGUAGAACUAAUGCUCUGGGUUCUAUACUGAGGGUUCGUAGUGAAGCCACAAAUGCUAUUCAUUCUUUCUUUAAGGACUGUGGCUUUGUGCAUAUUCAUACUCCAAUAAUCACAUCCAAUGACUGUGAGGGGGCUGGAGAACUGUUCCAAGUUGAACCUUCAAGCAAAAUUAAGGUACCUGAGAAGAAUUUCUUCAGUGUUCCUGCUUUCUUAACUGUUUCAGGACAACUUCACCUAGAAGUGAUGUCAGGAGCUUUUACUCAAGUGUUUACCUUUGGUCCAACAUUCCGAGCAGAGAAUUCUCAGAGCCGGAGACACCUGGCAGAGUUUUACAUGGUAGAAGCAGAGAUUUCUUUUGUUGAGAGUCUUCAAGAUCUCAUGCAGGUUAUGGAGGGACUCUUCAAGACUGCAACAAUGACAGUUCUCUCAAACUGUCCUGAAGAUGUUGAACUCUGUCACAAGUUCAUAGCUCCUGGCCAAAAGGACAGAUUAGAACAUAUGCUAAAAAACAACUUUUUAAUCAUUUCUUAUACUGAAGCAAUAGAGAUCUUAAAGCAGGCAUCUCAGAACUUCACCUUCACCCCAGAGUGGGGUGUUGAUCUACAUACCGAACAUGAAAAGUACCUGGUGAAGCACUGUGGCAACAUACCAGUCUUUGUCAUUAAUUAUCCAUUAGCACUCAAGCCUUUCUACAUGAGAGAUAAUGAAGACGGCCCUCAGCACACAGUUGCUGCUGUUGAUCUUCUGGUUCCUGGAGUUGGAGAGCUCUUUGGAGGAAGCCUCAGAGAGGAACGGUACCAUUUCUUGGAGCCGCGACUGGCCAGAUCAGGACUAACAGAAGCCUACCAAUGGUAUCUGGACCUCCGUCGAUUUGGAUCUGUUCCCCAUGGAGGUUUUGGAAUGGGAUUUGAACGCUAUCUGCAGUGCAUCUUGGGAAUUGACAACAUCAAAGAUGUUAUCCCUUUUCCAAGAUUUACUCAUUCAUGUAUAUUAUAGCCGGAAGCCUGGUUAAGGAAAAUCACCCCAUGCCAGAGGUACUGCACAUGAAUAUGCAUACAGGAGAAUGCAUGUUUGAAUUUUAGAAAUGGAGAAGUUUUCGGUAUGUGAUUGUCAUGCCAUAAGGUAGAGCAUAUGAAAAAUAGAAGUGAUCAUAAUUUUCUUAGAAAGUUGACAGCAUUUCAUGGAAAGAUGAACUCCCUCAAAAAGAGGUACUUGUGGCAGGUAGAAUCUCAAAUCUGUUAUGUCAAUUAAGAAGAAAUGAAAAGACUGAACUGUGGUCUCAGAGUCCUUUCAAACUCUCAAGACAGGAUGAGAUAGUGUAUUUUCAUUUGUCUUUAAUCAUUAGAUCACUGUCCUGUGUGGCCUUUGAAAACCACUAGUAGGUAAAAAGAAAAUGUUGGGUCUUUUUUCACAUGCCAUUUAACCUAUGAUAAAUGCCUAUCUUAUUUUCAUCGCUUUAGUAGACAUCACAGAAGAAAAUAUUACUUUCAGGGUCCUAAAUGAGUUAAUAAAGUUACUAUUCUGAAUUGAAAUCUUUCUUCAUCAGACUGAGUGAAAAAAGUGACAUUUAAUAACUGUUGAUCUUUAAUUAUAAAAGCGAAUAAGAUGUAUUAAUUAUCUAAACUAAUGACUUAUAAUUUGUUUAUAGUAGCUGUUUAUAACUUCUCUAAUAAUCAAUAAAAUAGUAGAUUUUUGAUACCUAUGAAAGAAAAAUACAUUUUUAAAUUCCACUUGGCCUUUUCCCAGUAAAAUUUGGAAGAAAAAUAUUUUCAAUGCAAGAUGAGGGUGCCAAUAUAGCUAAACUUAAAGGAUGGGUAAUUCUGGACUCAAAAAGUAACAUCGUCUGUUAGAGUUUUUGAGAGAAUUGCUCAUUUGGGAGUUUGAGACCUGACAAUUGUAGCACUUUAUGCCUAUGAUUUUGGACAAGCCACUUAACUCUGUAUGAGUUCAUACGUCAUUUUCCUCAGAGUUGAUACAGCAGUUACAUGAAAGUGUUGUGUGUAUGUGUUUAAAACUGUGAAAUGCUACACAAAUUGUUUUUAACUCUUUUAGUCUUCAUUAAGUUAUAUAUCUAUGACUUACAGCAAAGUUGUAUACUCAGUAGAGUUUGUAUGUAUCAAAUAAGGGUAAACGGCAUGCGUGCCUGAAUAAUCAAUUUUCUGUGUCUCAUUAGAUAAUUUAUCUUAGUUUAUUUCCUAAUGAGUGUGUAUGUGCACUUUAUUUCAUCCUAACUCAAAGCAGACAACUGAAAAUAACUGCAGAACCUUAGAGCUGGAGAUCACAAAAGUCACUGAGAUGUUCUCAUGACCAAACUUCUGCCCGAUGCAGAGAGAUCCUACACACCUGGGCAGCCUCUUCUUGGCAAAGUGCUCGGUAUCCCACCAAAUAGCUCAUUCCAUUUCUGCAUCUCCCUAAUUGGUAGCAUUUGCUGAGCUAAAAUCUACCUCCCUAGAACUUUAAUUUCCUGGGCUUCGAUACCAAGUUUAGGACAGGACAAAAGAGGUAAUUAGGGCUUUCAUAAAGCUUGCCUCAAUCAUGGGUUAGAGAGAGAAAUUCAUUUGUUUGUUCAACAAAUAUUAUUUGAGCUUAUUCUACAUGCCAAGAACUGUGCUAGGUGCUAAAUAAAUGAUAGUGAACGAAACAGAAAUGACCCCUGCCUUCAUGGAAUUUAUAGUCUGUUAGAGAAGAUACACAAUCAGUAAGCAAACAAACAUACUAUUUCAAAAUAUGACAUAAACUAUAAAAUUUUAUAAAGAGCAGGGCAAGCAUAGAUGAGCUUGCUAGAGAAGGCAUCUCUGAAACGGUGAUCUUUAACCUUAGACCUGGGGGUAAAUGCAGAAACCGUUCUGAAACAUUCUCAGCAUCAGUACUGAUUGGACAUUCAGGUCUUAAUACUGUAUUAAUUUUGUGGAGUGAGAAUCACAAACAGAGGCCCCCAACCCGGAGGCACUAAUAUUUUCCAAGGCUAUCAGGAAUCAUGUCUCCAGCAAUUCUUGAGGAACCAGAUAGAAUUCUAAUGUCAACGUGAUGGUGGGGCCUCCUAAAUAACAGUGGUGUAAAAAAUAGUGAAUCAGGAAAACUCCAGGUUCCCAUCCCAUGCCACCAUUGAUGUAGCUGUGGAGCUCUAAUCAAGCAAGAUCAUCUUUGUGCCCUCCAAUUACAUCACCCGCAGAACUGUCCUUCCCAAGUGCAUCAACUCUAAGGCUUCUUCUUCUGUCUCUUGAUCUUUCAGGAAUCUGUGCUGGAGAUAAUCACUAAAAAUAAUUGAUUUAGAGUCUAACCUUUACAUUUUGUUUUAGUACACAUUAGGUCUCCGAAAAUGUACCGGGAAAUCAAAUCACUGAAAGUCUUACAGUAGACUUAAGUGUGUUCCUUGUGUGUGUAUGUGGGGUGGGAGAAGGUCCUUCUCAAAUAAACCUUGUUCCCUGCCUUUCUGAUAGUCUUCAGCAGUGUAUUUCUCAGCUUUCAUACUUAUUCAUUCUUUUCCUCUACAUUUGACCACACAACGAGUAUCUAGUUGAAGCCAAACACUUGCCACUCAUAAGAAGCCUAAAAAUUUACAUCUUUGGCUCAAUACUUUUAUUUUACCAAUAAUUGAACAACAACAAAUACUGGUGUCAAAGAUGAUGAAAAUGCCAAAACUCAGCAGCAACAGCAGGAAGAAAACUUUAAAAUGUCCAUUUGUCAGCUAGUAUAUGAAUAUCCAAAUUCUACGGAUAAGCAGCAUCUUAUAAUUGUGUGUAUAAUGAAUAGAAGUGUAGAUUUCAUAGUUGAGGACUGCCUGCACUAUAAUAAUAUUCUUAUAGGACUUCAUUUGUGAGAGAAAAGGUGAUUUGAGGGUGUUAAUUUUUAUUUGAGUAACCAGUUUCCAAUGAGGGAAAAAUCUGAUUUUCUGUUUUCCCAAGAUUUUCAAACAUCACCUCAAAAUAGUAACCCCAGCCACCCAAGAAAGAGUGUAUUUUGAAACUUAGAAAUGGUUUUUCCAUCAUUAAUUUCCAUUCUCAUUUCAAAUUUUGAAGUAGGUGGAGAAAAAUAGUUACUUUCCAUCUGGCUGUCCUCUUGCCUGGGGAAGUUGUACUGUCUUUUUUUUUUUUCUUUUUUGGUCUGACAAGAACUUAAUUGUGUGAGUGAUCCAUUCCAGAUCUAGACAUAACUCUCCCACCCUCUGACCCAGCCCAGAGACUAACUGUCACAGAACAGCAAAGGAACUGUUUGACCUUUUGUCCCUCUCAGACAGGAUCUGCCAGAAGCGCCCCUCUACAAUGUUAUACAUUCAUACUCUCUAUAAAUUGAAUCUAGACAUUCAGGCAUGACUGAACAGGCAUUGAAGAUGCAAUUGGUGAGAUGGAUUAACUCUACUCUUCUUUAAAUCUCUUGUUUCAGAUAAUUAUAGAUGAAAGAUGCUUAUUUGGAUUGGAUUGCUAUUUAUUCAUAUAUUUAUUUCAGUAAGUGGUGAGGCAAGAACAUAAAAAUGCAGAGUUGAAAGACAGAUUGGCCUGGAUUGCAUUGAUAAGAAAUGUGUGGAGCUUUCUGGCUUCUGAUCAAUAUUUGUAUUCAGUCUGCAAUCUAAAGUAUGUAUAAUAAAAAGAAAACAGGUGGGAGUAAUAUCUGAUUGUAGUUUCUUCCCAGUGUAUAGCCCAAAUUAAAAGAAAAAGCAUUAAGGACAGAAAAUAACCUUAAUCACCCGACACCAAAAUGAUUACUAGGACUUGCAUAAGAUCUUAUUAGAUCAUGGUCAACACACCUCUAGAAACCUAGACAUUCUGCCGGUACUAGGAGCCCUGGGUUGCCCUUCUGAUCAGCUAAGCCUACAGUUAGCUCUUAUGCAGUUUGGUUUGGAGUCCAAUGAAUUUAUAGCCAUUAUUAGCACACUGUGUGGGAGUUCCUAGGGGAACUUUGUAAAGAAGUCAAGAGUUUAGGUGGUUCCUAAACUGUCAUUCAGACAGCUAUUGAAUUAACAUAGCUCAUGACUCUUCAGUAACUUUAGGCUACUUCUUUACUGCUCAUAAUUGUUAUCAUUUGAGCGUUGCUUUACAGUUUACAAAAUGGCCUGACGUAUUCACAGUGUAUUAUA